AUGAGUGACUCAGAACUAGAUUUCGAUUAUGAUGACGAUAUUGAUGAGACCGAUAUAUCCUUGGAUUCACCGAGGGAUGAUUUUAGCUUGAAAAGCGAAGAAAUUGUUUACGAACCUUGGACCUUGCCAUCAUUCAUACAAACUUUUUUUGUCGACAAGAUGAUAAGGCUACAUGAAAUGCAAUUACCGCAAUGUCCAGAGAGCGAUUUAUUGAUUAUGCUUCAGUAUAAAUGGUGGGAAGUUGACCAAGUGAUAAAUAAUUUCUACGAUGACAAGAAUCAACUAUUUAAAGAAUGUGGACUUGUUGAGAACCCGAAUAAUGAGUUUUCCAAUGAGUCACAGUUCACCUGUGUCAUUUGUUGUGAGACGUAUAAGAGUUGCAGAACUUAUUCAUUGACCUGUUCUCAUAAAUUUUGCAUCAACUGUUACUACGAAUAUUUAGUAAACUCAUUGCAUAGGGGGAUGUUGAUUCGGUGUAUCGACUCUAAUUGCUCCUUAACAAUACCGCAUGAAGAUAUUGAGGAGAUAAUAUCUGCUAAAAGAAGCCCCGGGGAUAUCGUAGUUGCCAAAAAGCCAUUAAAUUUGAAUAGCUUGCUUAUUGCUAAUGCAAAGGUAUACAUUAAAUCCCAAAAAAUAAAUAUGAAAUGGUGUCCUGUUCCUGACUGCAAUAGCUUAAGUCAACUACUUAAAGGCAAUGUAUCCGUUAUCGAAGGUGACAAUGAUAUUUCAAAGAUUCCGAUGGUAAUGUGUGCUUCAGGACAUCAAUUUUGCUUUGCUUGUCAAUAUGAAAACCAUCUUCCAUGUCCUUGUUGGAUAGUCAAGAUGUGGAUUAAAAAAUGCGAGGACGAUUCGGAAACGGCGAAUUGGAUCCAGGCGAAUACCCAGAUAUGCCCGAAAUGUAACUCAUCGAUAGAGAAAAAUGGAGGAUGUAACCACAUGACCUGUUCUAAUUGCCAUUACGAAUUUUGUUGGAUCUGCUCCAAAGAAUGGGCUUUACAUGGAACAUCUUAUUAUAAGUGUAAUAAAUUUGAUCCAGAAGAAAACGAUGAUCUCGAAAAGACUCGCCAGUCCAAAAGGCUAUCUUUACAAAGAUAUUUACAUUUCUAUCGAAGGUUUGCGGUUCAUGAAAGCUCGAUGAAUGCCGAUAAAAGAACAUUAGAUAAGGUCAACAAUCGUAUGAAACAAUACAUGGAGGCCAUGUCUGCUACAAGCGAAAAGGAAGAUCUAUCUUGGAUUGAUAUUCAAUAUUUGCAUGAUGCUGUGAGGUCAUUGACGAAUGGUAGAAAGACGCUUAAAUGGACCUAUUGCUUCGCAUUCUAUUUAGGCAAUUCCAACUUUUCUGAAAUAUUUGAACAGAAUCAGGAGUUUUUGAAUAAAUCUGUCGAGGACUUAUCCGAAAUCUUCGAAACAAUUAAUCAUAAAAAGAACAAGAAUAAAAUAGAGAUUUUACAACAAUACAAGCCAAAGAUGAUAAAUUUGAGUAAGUUGGUCUCCUUGAGGCAACAGACUCUUAUAGAUGGUGCGGAAUGUGAGCUCAAUCAAGGACUAUUGUACUUCGAGACUUAA